AUGCAGGAGUUGAAGGACUCCGACCUGGAGUUGGUAGAGGGCAACGGGCAGAAGUACGUCGCCCACUACCGAGAGAAGGCGUCCGGGGAUCUGGCACCUGGCUGGGUUAUCAGCAAGGGGCUGAAAGGCAAAAGCCUGCUCAUCAACACCAAAGAGGCUCGGUCCCCACCAUGCCUUGGCUGGAAGGCCAUCCUAGAGGAUGGGAGUUUCCAGGAAGACCCUGGCGGCUUUCUCCACAAGCAGGUGGGCCUCGGCCAGGGGAUCGGCCUGAGAGAGGUGCCCCGACCACAGCUGCCUGUUGCUGAAGGUCAACCGGCCGCAGCCGGCAUGCCUGCGUCGCGGGCUGUGGACGCGAAGGCGGCGCGAAAGUCACUGGAGCGUCUCGACCUCACGCAGCUCCGAGGCCACCUCAGCUGCCCGGACCCUUGCGUUGCGGAAUACUUCGGUCACUUUGUGGUUCUGGCUCACCUCGAGCACCUCGCGGACAUCAGCAGCAUCAAGCGACGCCGGGAGAGGAGUAGUGCCGACCAGCUCGUGCGGUGGGGCUAUGCGCUGAAUGGGAUGAAGGUCCUCAGCACCUUCGGCCGUAAGGAGGCCGGCGGCAAGAAUCGGAUCCUCCCCGGUUGGGAGGACGUCGGCUUGGAGAUGGCAGCCAUGCAGCUGCCCAUGGGCGGCGUGGACCUGGACCGGAUGCGUCUCCGCAGGGGCGACUCCGUGACCAUCUCAUUGACCGACCCGCUGCAGGAUCGACUCGCUGAAGGGACCAUCAGUGACAUGCGGCCAGGCACGCUCAUCGUGCAAAUCCGAGGGAACUUCCCCGAGGACUGCCAAAAGAAGCUGUGGAGAGUUGACAAGUCCGCCAAUGCCACGGUGUACGAGCGGCAGAUGUGGGCGUUGCUGAGCCUCAACCAUGCGGCGAAGAUCCAGCCAACCGUUGAACUGAUGACGGCCGCACCUGUCGGCCUCGCCGACCGCUGGGCCUUGCGGUGGCAGCGAGCCACACAGGCGCCGGCGGAGGCGCCGAAGAAAGGGCGCCAACAGAAGAGAAGCAGGUCUCGGUCCACUCGCAAGCGAAAGCGGCGGAAAGCCAGGUCUCCUUCAAGCAGCGAGGCCAAAGGCAAGGCGGAAGAGUCCGACUCCUCAGAGCAGCGACAGAAAAUCAAGCGCAAGAAGCGCUGUGUGGAGCUUGCGGAUGGGGAUGUCGUGGAAGAUCACCGCGAAGAUCGCCUGCUUGAGGCCAAGAAGCAGGUUGGCGAGGCGGAGGAGAUGAACGAGUCGCAGAGGACUGCCUUGCAGGCCGCACUCAGUCGCACCUGCACGGUCAUACAGGGCCCACCAGGCACCGGGAAGACCAGUGUCUCGGUUCAAAUUCUGCACUUCUGGACAAAGAUUCUGGGAAUGACCCCUGUCAUGGCAACCUCGGACAGCAACGUGGCCGUGGACAACAUCUGCGAGGGCCUGCGGAAUCGGGGCGUCAAGGCUGUUCGCGUGGGCCGGCCCGAGAAGGUUCGCAGCGUCAUCGAAGACAUGACGCUGGAGGCGGAGGUGAAACGCUUGAAGGAUCAGGAGGCUGUGGAUCGUUCGGCCAAGGGAGACUCCUCCGCGGAGGACAAUGCUCAGAGAGCUGCGCAGGGAGGUAAAGGCAAGCCUGGAGGCAAGUUUGGCGGAAAGUUCGGCAUGAAAGGAGGUUUCGCUCCUGGCGAGGACGUUGGGGAGGCUGCGGCGCGCCACUUCGAAGACCGUCGGGCGCAGAACCGCCAGGAUUUCGAGCUUCAAAUGAAGAUCCUGCGCGAGGCAGAUGUGAUCUGCACCACCACCAUCGCGGCAGGCAUGGACUUUUUGGCCCGCCUCUCCUCAUUCGAGGGCAUCCUCGUCGAUGAAGUCGCCCAGGCCACCGAGCUGUCCACCUCAGUUCCGGUGAUCCUCCGGGGAGCCAAUCGACUGGUGCUUGUUGGGGACCACUGUCAGCUGCCGCCGGCCGUGCUCUCCCCGGAGGCAGAGGUCCGCGGGCUGUCCGUUUCUGUUUACUCGCGCCUCAUCCAGGCCGGUGGCCUGCAGCCCUUCCUGCUGGACACGCAAUAUCGAUCUCAUCCCAAGCUCGCAGAGUUUUCCAGCAAGGCCUUCUACGAUGGCCUCCUCAAAAGUGGCAUCCAGGAAGAAAAACGAGUCGCUCCUCAGGGUGUGCCUUGGCCCAACGCGAAGUGUCCCAUAGCCUUCGUUAACGUGGACGCCCAGGAGGAGCUGGAGGGCGACUCGAAGGCCAACACAGUGGAAGCUCAACUCGUGGCCAGCGUUGUGGGCAAGGUCCUCGGAUAUGGCGAACUCUCCGUUGGCCAGGUCGGCGUGGUGACCCCCUACGUGGCCCAG